GCGGCCUCUUGCCUAAUCACAAUUCUUAAGAGAGAUUUGCUGCCUCGAAGCCACCAGGGAGUUUCGACUCCAAUCCUGAGCAGCACCUUUAGCAUAGACGAAAACUCCGGGGGCAACAGAAAGUGUGUUCUGAUUUCUUUCCCUCUGGUCGAUUCUCCAUGACAAGAAACCGGAAAAUAUCAACCCGCACGACAUAACAGAGAAUAAAUAGAGGUCAUAUCUUCGGGCCAGACAAAGCAUCUUGGUAUCGAACCACCAGAUCCUGCCGUUACCGAAAGAGAGAGAAGGUAAAAAAAGGAAGGGAACAAAAUGGUUUCCACGUUCCUAACCCCGACCCGGCUCGCCAAAGAACAUGACCUGGCCUCGCUGCACCUGCGCCGCGACCAGGCGCUGCCCGUCGUGCUCGCGACGCAGGUGACCCGGGACGUGGACGACGGGUACGCCGAGGGCGUGGUGACCAACACGCGGUUCGGCUCAUUCCCGCACUCGACCAUCAUCGGCGUGCCCUGGGGCAGUCAGAUUCGGGCCAGCAAAGUCGACACGGGGUCGCGGGGGCGGACCAAGCAGAAGCAGAAGCAGAAGCAGAAGCAGAAGGGCAAAGAUGCCGGGAGUGGCGGCGGCGGCGGGGGAAAGAAGCGGAAGGCCGACGAGGCGCUCCUGGGAGAAGAUGACGACGGGCGAAGAAAAGCAGCAGGGGAGGGAGAGGGGGGAGGCGAGCGCGUCGAGACUCCGCAGGACGGGGACGGAGCCGCAGCAGGAUCGGGAGUGGGAGCAGUCAAGGAGGCCGUCGCGGCGGAAUCGGGCUUCGUCCAUGUCCUCCCGCCCACGCCGGAGAACUGGACCACGAGUCUCCCACACCGGACCCAGGUCGUCUACACGCCGGACUACAGCUACAUAUUGCACCGCAUUCGAGCGAGGCCUGGCAGCAGGCUGAUUGAGGCGGGCAGUGGGAGCGGGAGUUUCACGCAUGCGGCCGCGAGAGGUGUCUUCAACGGGUACCCCGAGGGAGAGCGGGAUUCUCGUAAAAAUGCCGACGAGGAGAAGGGCAGAGACAGCCACCUCCAUGAAGCAGUCCAAGGGGAGAAGGAGGGGAAUGCAGCGGCCACGGGAGACGGCAUGAGUGAGGAAGAUGGAAAGAGCCAUGGGAUUGGACGAGUCUUCAGCUAUGAAUUCCACCGUGAGAGGCACGACAAGGUCAAGGCGGAAAUGUUUCAGCACGGACUAGACACCAUCGUGCACGCCAUGCAUCGAGACGUCUACAAGGAUGGCUUUCUGGUCUAUGAUUCUGAUGACACUCCCUCCAAAGACAAGACCUCUCCCUGCGCGAGUGCCAUCUUCUUGGACCUGCCUUGUCCAUGGGAAGCUCUCCCGCAUUUGACGCGCGAGUCGUCGCAUCCAGGCACACCAAGCGUUCUCGACCCUCACUCGCCUGUCCAUAUAUGCACGUUUAGCCCUUGUAUCGAGCAGGCGCAAAAAACAAUCUCCGCACUUCGGAGGUAUGACUGGAUAGAGAUUGAGAUGGUGGAAGUGCAGCACAAGCGCAUUGACGUUCGACGAGAAUACACUGGACUGCAGUACAAUGGCAUGCGUGGAACCAAUGCAUUUGCAGCGGAUGUUGAAGAGGCGGUUUCAAGACUGAGAGAGGUAGAACAACGGUUGAAGGAUUUCCACGCGGGAAAAAACUUGGAUGAAAACAAGGGGAGCGCAAAAGUCAAUGAUCAGCAACAGCAAAGCGAGGCAGGAAAACUACCAUUCAACGAAGGCAGGCUCGUGCACAGGACAGAGGCCGAAGUGAAAACGCACACUUCGUAUCUCGUCUUUGCAGUGCUCCCCAGAGCGUGGACCGAAGAAGACGAGGCGUUGGCGCAGGAGAAGUGGUCGAAACAUGUCAAGAUCAUAUCGCAAGCGCCCAAGAGCCAGCGCCAGUUGAAGAAGGAAGCGAAACUGAGAGCAAAAGGCCAGAACCAGAACGCUGUUAAAGACAAAGCGGCGGAUAUAAAUGAAGGUCCGAAGGAGGCUGCAUAAAGCAAAUGGUCUAGUUGAUUGGCGAG